AUGGUCUUAAAACUGAAGCAGCAAAAGGAGAAAGACGACAAGGCAGAGAAGUACAUUCUAAAACAGACCAGACGCGAUUCUCUCCCUCAGCUUCUUGUAAGUCUUGGAAAAGGUUUUCUUAAACUUGGUACAAAACUGAACAAAGAUAAACCUAAACGUCCUUCUAGCCCAGUCGUAAAGCAACGUUUAAAAGYUCAAAYCCCCCACGAUAAUCCAACUGCAUCUCCCAGUGUAGCUACACCYACACCUACAGYGGCGAUACAAAGUGAUGAUGAUGAAGGUGAUGCAAUUGGAGAUGCAAAACUCACAAAGUGGCAAGAGCCACCAACAGCAGCUCCUGUGCCAGCCAAACAAGCUAGUGCUGCUUCACCUACAAAACCACCAUCUCCAGCAAUAAAGAAGAUCCCGAAAUCAAAGAAACCUGUCAAGCACAUAGCGUUUGCAAUCACACCAACGCCACAACCUCCUACUGAGAAUCAUGUCCCUCAUAAAAAGAGAAAGGUUCUCAAAAMAUUUCCCUCGCCUGCAUUUAUCAAGAAGAUUUUAAGUCAAAAACCAAAACUUCCACACUUAGACAAACCMGCUAAAAUUAAAGCUAAAAAAGAUACAAAGAAAGCCAUUCAAGAUCUAAAUGCUAAACCUGCAAAAAACGAAGAAACUAUUCCAAACACUGGUGUGGAGAUUCCACCUGACAAGGUGGCAAUGCUACCCAGUCCGACMGAAUCGUCUAUUGAUCAACACUUAUCGGAGCAAUUUCCACAACCAGACGCCUCUUUUACCACUUAUGAAGUGGACAACAAUCAGGGUACAAAUAUUUUUGUUAGUGAUCUCCCAGUCAAUGAAGAUUCCUCACAAAACAAUUUGCAAAAUAUUGACAACGAAAAUAUUGCUAGCACUGAGGUUGCACAGAAUGAAAUGGGUGUACCAAGCCCUAAUGCUAACGCCAACAUUGAUAAUGAGGAUCCCAAUCCAAUAGACAAGCCACUAGGAACAGAUAUAAAUGCACAAAAAGUAGUCUCCAAGACAUCCCAAGAUGAGGAUCCCAAUCCAAUAGACAAGCCACUAGGAACAGAUAUUAAAGCACAAAAUAUCGUAUCAAAGAAGGGUAACACUGAUUCACUGGACACAGCACAGACAACAGAUAUCAAUGAACAAAACGUGCCCUMUGACACGAAAGGAGUAGAGACUGAGCUAGACAAACCUGGAAUUGACUUGAAAGAUACUGUUCUAGGUAAAGAAGCUCUGCCUUCAAAGGCUGGUGUCAUCUCUCCUUUUCAACAAAGUACCGCCAACGAAGUUCAAAGCAAUGCACCUAAAGUCGAGCAAUCGUUUGCGAUUUCGGGUCAAAGUGAAAAUGGACAAGCUAAUGGACAAGCUACAACGCUACCUGUUGGAACUGAAAAUACUGAUCCCGAAUUACCGGAUCAAUCUAACGACGCAGAAAAAGAUGACUACAAAGGCAAAGUUAUAAUACCUUCCAAUAGUACUCAACCGGCCGAGCAGGAUCUUCAAGAACCUAAAUCUCCCGGAGGAUCUGUCCAAAACCCAGCUUUAGAACAAAACACCACCACUAAUGAAGAUGAUGAAACAAAACCUAGUGAGAACAUUGUUGAUAGCUCCUUGUCUGCUACCAAUUCUGAUGAUGGAGUUAUCGUUGAUGGAGAAGUCUCUCCUUCUGCUAUUUCAAACGGAGAGGUCCCUCCUUCUGCUCUUGCAAAUACAAAUGAUAACAAUUUAGAAUCAAAUCAGGGUGAAAUGCAAAAACCAAAAAGCGAAAGUGCGGAUGCCUCCAAAGCCCCCAAGGACCCCGGCCCCGCUCCAAUUGUUCAUCCGGAAGUUAAAACUGGAACUGUGACCCAAGAAAUUGAAGAUGGCGAAGUGUCAGAGAGCGAACUGUAUAACUCUACAUCCUCAGAAAUCAAUAMGUCCAACGAUACUGUUGACUCUUCAGCACAGGAAUCAGGAGUGACUCCUGGUGUCCAUGAAAAAGAAGAGAAAUUGCAGCCAAAUCUCAAUGAAAAUGUUUCKCAGGACAAAACCCAAGAACCCACGGCAUCAAAUUCGGUUGUSAAGUCAGGAGAGAUUCCUUAUAAUAUCCCCCAGAAUAAAACCUUAUCUAAAGAUGAUGCAUCCCUUACAACACCAGAACRACMAMCAACAACCGUAGAUACGCCUYAUCAAGAUACUGGCUUGAGCGAGAACCAACAAUCUACACCUAAUCCUACAGAUUUAUCUCAGCCAACCAAUUUUGUUCAAACAGAUAAUCAUGCGCAUAAUGAUGACCCCAAUGAUGCUAAAGAGCGAGAAGGCGCCGUUUCGCAAAACAGUCUGACAAGUGUACCCCAAUCUGCAGAUAGUGCACCUCAAACAGAUGAUACUCCAAAAAACGUUGAAGUACCAUUAAAAGACGUCCCUUUGAACCCUUUGAGCAAAGCUACCGAUAUUGCGCCCGAAAAUGGAAACGUACCACAAUCAGAUAUGCCCGCAAAUAAUGUACCAGUACCUGUACAAGAUGAAAGUUCCAAUCAAGGAGCAACACCACAGCAAACAGAUACCRASCUUGAUGCUGCUCCACAAACCAAUGAUGUGCCUUUGAAAGACAACACAAAACAAAGAGAACCAAGUCCCGAGAAAAAUGUAGAAACUAARCAAGAAAAACCAAAUGGGAGUGAUAAUCUAUCAUCAAGCUCCACUACGGAACCUUCUCCUCAAGGUCCCCAAAGCGAAACACAAACAGACUCAACUCGCGAAGUCACAGAUGCAGAAACGGCACCCGAUCAAGUCAACAAUGUCGGUAAAAUGAUGAAUACAACACAACCACCUGAAGAUGAUCUUUCUCARAAAAUAAACCCAGAAACACCUCAKCCACAAACAAAUUCCCAGGAAAURACUGGAAAUCAGAACGAUAAUUUUCAACCUUCUCUUCCUUUAAACACGACGUCUACAAGCGAUGACAUUUCUAGCCAAGGACAAGAAAACACGUUAAAUGGCAUCGUUAACGGAGCUCAAACUCCGAAURAUCCAUCGGUGCAAACCACGAACGAUCAAAGUGUACAAGAUGAGCCAAGCCCCUUGCCAAGCUCGCCUCAAGACACGMCUGAUGCGACCAUUGGAACAGAAUAA